GUUUAUUCUUCUCUCCAUCUCUCGGGCUAACCAUUCAAGCCUCAUAUUGCCCAAGCGAGUAUGGCAUCUCCAAGAGAAUAGGCGCGGCGUAGCCGGAAUCCCAGAAGACCGUUACCCUCCGACCAGAUUGUCCGUGAUAUCCACACAUCUCGGUCAGCCAUCAAGAGUGUCCGGGGCUUUGGGGCGUACAACGCGUCUGCUAUAGCUAGCUCGCGCGUCUAUCUGCCUUGUUCUAUCUCAGUCCUGUGGUCGAACGACAAUGCAAUCAACCAAUAACGACGACGAGAAGUCCGAGGGCCCCCACGUCGCGCCUGGUGAACAGACUCCAGACCUCAUGGACGUUGGUGAACAACCCAGCAGACUGGUCAUCGUACAAACCAAGCGGCCGCCAAGGGAAAAGCCCUUCCAAAUACCUGAAGCCACAGGAAAGCCGGCCAGAUACCCCGAAGCCCUCUUGUUGACGCCUUCAGUGAAAUCCUUGCGAUCUCUUCAGCCACUUCACUGCACGUCCAGGAGGGCCCGACUCUACAUCGAGUUGAAGUCCUGCUCAGAUGAUCAUCCUCCUUGUCUUCAAACCUAGGAUGAAGCAGUUUGUAAGACGACAACCUAAUUUUGGCCUGACGACGCCUCGAUACCGUGGUAUCAAGCAGUAGACUGCGCCGUCGACCAACCUUGCCGUCACUCUUGGAACUACCGAGACGCGCCACACGUUGCCAGGCACAACUGUCACCUCAACUGCAGCCCAGCGGAAGCGAAAAAGCCCAUCCCCAG